CUUGUGUGUGUGUGUGUGUGUAUGCAUGUAUGUGUCACCACUUUUCUCCAACAUUCCUGUGCAAAGCAGAGAGACGGAGCACUCGGCUGCAAAGAGACGGAGCUGCAAACCCGAAUCAGAACUCUGUUUGGAGGAAAAAGAAUCUCUAGAACUUCCCUCCUUUAUCCAGUCAUAUCCCUUUAAAGUUUCUUUUUAAAUCUGGGAAAUCUGCAUGAAAAACAUUUUGGAAGUCUAACAUUUUAACAAGGGAUUCCUACAAGAGCAUCCUCUUGUAUCCGUUAGUUUCCUCCUGUCCUUCUUUCAUCCAUCUCUCUCCCUGGAGGCAGAUUCCAAGUUUGCAGAAUUACAGAGUUUGGGAAAUACAUUUGUGAACCAGCACAAAAGGUACAGAGCGAAGCAAGCAUUUAAAAGGAAUCUGGCUCCUAUAAAGAUGGCUGACGAGGUGCAGCUAGAGCCCAAUAACCUGCAAAUACCUGAUGAAAAUUUAUCCACCCCGUCUUCACCAGCCACAGCUCGAAACGAAUGCAGCAUCAUGCCACUCACACCCUCACCCUCGCCGAGAGUUGAGGUCAGACCCAGGAUGGCAUGUCCAUUUUCGGUUGUCGUGGCGAUAGAUUUUGGGACAACCUCCAGUGGCUAUGCUUUCAGCUUCACACAGGACUCGGAAGCUAUACACAUGAUGAAACGCUGGGAGGGUGGCGACCCCGGAGUGGCCAACCAGAAGAGCCCAACUUGCCUGCUGCUGACUCCGGAGUUGCGGUUUCAUAGUUUUGGAUUUGCAGCCCGAGACUUCUACCAUGACUUAGAUCCAGAGGAGUCCCGGCACUGGCUUUACUUUGAUAAAUUCAAAAUGAAGAUCCAUAGCACAACUGACCUCACCAUGGAGACAGAGCUGGAGGCAGUUAAUGGUCGGAGGGUCAGGGCCAUUGAGGUGUUUGCACAUGCCCUUCGCUUCUUUAGAGAACAUGCUUUAAAGGAGGUGAAGGACCAGUCAUCAUCAGUUUUGGAGGGAGAAGAGAUCAGAUGGGUGAUUACUGUCCCUGCUGUUUGGCGACAACCAGCCAAACAGUUUAUGAGAGAAGCAGCAUAUCUGGCUGGUUUGGUGUCUUCUGACUGUCCUGAGCAGCUCCUCAUUGCCCUUGAACCAGAGGCUGCAUCUAUUUACUGUCGGAAGCUCCGCCUCCACCAGGUGAUUGACCUAAGUAUGCAGCCAGUCACAAACGGCCUGGAUCUGGACGCCUCACGGCCCUUCGACUCCAGCUUUAGACAAGCGAGGGAGCAGCUGAGACGAUCCAGACACAGCAGGACCUUCCUGGUGGAGAGUGGAACUGGAGAGUUGUGGUCUGAGCUGCAGACUGGCGACAGAUAUGUUGUUGCAGACUGUGGAGGAGGAACAGUUGACUUGACAGUUCAUCAGAUAGAGCAGCCGCAGGGGACGCUUAAAGAGCUCUACAAGGCUUCAGGCGGUCCCUACGGCGCUGUGGGGGUAGACUUGGCCUUUGAAGCCAUGCUGUGCCAGAUCUUCGGAGAGGACUUCAUCCACAGCUUUAAAGUCAAGCGGCCAGCGGCCUGGGUGGACCUCACCAUCGCCUUUGAGGCGAGGAAACGUACAGCAUCACCAGGCAGAGCCAACGCCCUCAACAUCUCCCUGCCUUUCUCAUUUAUCGACUAUUACAAGAGACACAGAGGGCAGAGCGUGGAGGCGGCCCUGAGGAGGAGCAACAUGAACAUAGUGAAGUGGUCCUCCCAGGGGAUGCUGCGGCUGACGCAAGAAGCCAUGAAUGAACUCUUCCAGCCCACCAUCAUCAAUAUAGUCAAACACAUAGAGGAGUUGAUGGCAAAGCCGGAGGUGCGAGGUGUGCGCUUCCUCUUUCUGGUUGGAGGUUUUGCAGAGUCGCCCAUGCUGCAGAAAGCGGUCCAGAAGGCACUCGGGAGGAUGUGUCGUAUCAUCAUCCCCCAUGAUGUUGGUCUGACCAUACUGAAGGGUGCUGUGCUCUUCGGGCUGGAUCCCACUGUGGUUAGAGUGCGGCGAUGCCCUUUGACCUAUGGGGUUGGUGUUCUAAACCGGUUUGUGGAGGGACGCCACCCUCGGGAUAAACUCCUCAUCAAAGAUGGACGUGAGUGGUGCACGGACAUCCUCGACCGCUUCGUCUCCGUCGACCAGUCGGUGGCCCUGGGCGAGGUUGUGAAACGCAGCUACACACCUGCUCGGGUGGGCCAGCGAAAGAUCAUCAUCAACAUCUACUGCAGUGCUACAGAUGACAUCAUAUACAUCUCCGACCCUGGCGUCAGGAAGUGCGGGACGAUAACUUUAGACCUACCUGAACCAUUGCCACCACCAGGAGCAGUGGGAGGAGUGGGAGCAGGAGGAGCAGGCACAGAAAGAAGGGAGAUCAGAGCAACCAUGCAAUUUGGAGACACAGAAAUCAAAGUCACAGCUGUUGACGUCAUGUCUAACCGCUCUGUCCGGGCUUCCAUAGACUUCCUGUCCAACUGAGGAGGAGCAGGAAGUGGAGACGCAGACUUGAAUACACACUAAACUGAUUUAAGGAGUGAUAACCUUCAACAAAAAAAAAAAAAAGAAAAAAAAUGCUGUACUUUGGGAGAGGACAUCAUAGCUUCAGUCAAUCAGUGGAAUAAAAAGAUCAUGAGAUAAACAUUUUUAUAACUGAGAAUCCUCUUAGUUGCAGAGCAGAGUCUUCUCUGUCUGCCUUCUGUCAAACCAUAUUAAGCACUUACUGCACAGACACUCCAAAAAGGCUCCAAACCUUAUCAUAAAUUAUCCUCACAAUGGAUUACUUUAAAUUGUUAUAACCUAAAGAAGCUCUACAAUACACAGUAUACUACCUAGAGAGAGACUUUCUCAUGUUCAUUGUCAAAUUCAAAGACUGUUGCCUUUUAUAAUUAUUGAUACCUCAUUUAAAUCCUUUCCCCUAUAUCCCCAUAAUGUAUGAAAAUAAUAACCUGGACUGAAGCUAACAUGGUAGUGCUCCACCCAGUGGGGAAAAGACUGAACUACAAGCUGAAAAGACUAUAUUUCUUGACUUGAAUGAAAAACAAUUUCAAAUUUUGCAUGGGUGAAGCAGAAUAAUUUAGUCUGAAUUAGUUUAAACUGUGUAACAUUUGCUUUUUACAAUGUUUAAAACGUUAAAGCUCUAUUAUAUUUGAUAUAUAAGCUCCAAAAGCCAGAUACAACAUUUUGCCUCAUUACAUUAAUUUAAACAUUUAUUUGGAAUCAUGUCUGACCACUUAAUACAGUUAAAUCUAAUUAUAUUUUGUUUUCUACAACUCAUAAGGGAUAUGUUUGGUUCUUUACCUGUUUAAGUGCUUUCAAAUGUUUACUUGUGAAGCUUAACUUUGACUAAAUAAAACUAACGGGAACCUGAGGGGAAACAUGA